UAAGAAAUGAAUUGCCCAUGUUGUUGUUGUACAUAGAAUGAGAAUGAAUUUGUAAAGCUUAAAGAUUGCAAAUGUACAUACUGCUAUUCAUGUUUAUUGGAAUAAAUAAAAGUAAAAAGUGAUGAAAUAUGUCUUGGAUGUCAAUAGAGUUUGGAUUUUAUUAAAAUAUUUCAACAAACAAAAUAUGAACCUUAAUUAUAAGAGAUUUUAUGCAUUAAAUAUUUAUAAAAGUCUUAGGAUACUUUACCUUGUCCAAAGACAGAUUGUAAAUAUUAUGGAAUAAUACCUGAUGAUUGUGAUGGAAAUUAUGAAUGUGAAAAGUGUCAUACUGUUUGGCAUGAAUAAAAUAUAGGAUUAUUCAAUAAACAAAAGUUAUUUACAAAAACAAUGCAAUUUAUUUUAACUAAACCAUGCCCUUAAUGUGGUGUACUUAUUUAGAAAAAUGGAGGUUGCCCUUAGAUGAAAUGUUAACAUUGUCGAUAUAUAUUCUGUUGGGAUUGUGAUCAAGAUAUUUUAAAGCACACAGAAUUUCAAUGCAAUUUAAUAAAAUCAUUUCAUUUGCUUAUAAUUUCAAUUUAAAUGUUAUCAUUGCUUUACACUAUAGGAUUUUUGGAUUUAUUUUACAAAAUAGUAAGUUUCAUAUUGCACUAUCUACUUAUUUGUAUAAUAUCUCCUUUGCUUUUAAUAAUACCCAUUUAUUCAUUCUAUUUAAUAAUUUAUAACAGAUAUUAUAAAAAGCUUGCAUUGUUAUUAAUAUCCAUAGUGCCAACUUUAUUUUUGAAAGAAUAAUUGGAGUUAGAUUUAGAUAUAAUUUUGAGUGUGACAAUUUUAGAGACUAUAGGAAUAGGAUUACUAAUAAUAAGAAAAUACAAUAAAUGA